AUGAGCUUCAAAAGAAACAGAAACUUCCAAGUAAACGACAGUGUCGUCAACGAUAGUUCAGGAAACGGGAAUACUUUUUCGACACAUGUUGGGGACAACUACCAUCAACAUUUCUCUAGAACUGAGUCAAAUUUGUCGAGCCGGGUCGCCUUCAACGCUCUUCAUGAUGCAGAAGCUCGUUACCCUCAGCCCAACAUUCUAGCGGGUACUCGGGAAGAGAUUAUCGGGAAACUGACCCAUUGGUGCGAGGAUGACUCGAAGAGCAGCAGAGUGUAUUGGGUCAAUGGUGCUGCUGGAGUAGGGAAGUCUGCGAUUGCACAAGCACUUUGUGAAAAGUACACCCAAACCGGAAAACUAGCAGCCGCAUUCUUUUUUUCGAGGAACGAUUCCAGUCGGGACAAGCUUGAUCCAUUUGUCGCUACCAUUGCCCAUCAGCUUGCGACUUGCAAAGCCUUUAAAUCCCUUAUCACACCCCUCAUCGAGCACGUCAUCCACUCAACGCCUGGGAUCCUGCAUAAAAAUCUGGAGGAUCAGUUCAAAAUGUUAAUACAAGAACCGUGUGCUCAAGUAGACCCAAGGAAUUGGGCUCAGCUUCCACGACUUGUCAUCCUCGAUGGCGUCGACGAAUGCAUCGAUGUGAACUCUCAGAAGAGACUGCUCCAGAUGAUUCAAAACGCGACCCCCACUCUUCCCCUCGACUUUCUCAUACUCAGCCGACCGGAAUCACAUAUCUCUGACACAUUCUCUCUCGAAUCAUUUACUCCAAGUCCUUCUCGCUUGGCGUUGGGUGAUUUCACCGAGUCGGUUCGGGCUGAUAUUAAACGAUAUCUUUGCCAUGAAUUUGCUCGCAUCCGACAGGAGCAUCGACGCACCCUAGACAGUUCAUUGCAGGCUUCGUGGCCUGGUGACUCCGUGAUUGACCAGCUGGUAUCCAAAGCCACUGGACAGUUCAUGUUUGCAAGAACCACAACGACGUAUAUCGACACAGGAAAAGCGCCCGCGACACCCGUGCUGCGGUUGGACAUUAUACUUCAUGCCAAAAGAGUGGUGAAUUCUUCGUCUCCCUACCCCGACCUGGAUCUGCUAUAUUCUCAGAUUCUAAAAUACUGUGGCUAUGAAGGCAGGAAGCUUCGGGAGAUUUUGCGGUUGAUAGUGAGCCCUUUUGAUAAGGUGAAAAUUCUGGAAUCUCCUUUUCGGUUACAUGACUCGCCUCCAGUUUUACAAAGCUUAUGGGCUCUUGAAAAACUUCUGGAAAUGAGCCAAGGCGAGGCCGCUGCCCUCUUGUCUGGCUUACAUUCGAUUCUCGCCAUACCUACGUCCAAAACAGAGAAUAUAGUUGUUCUGCAUGCAUCCUUUUCCGAGUUUCUCCUCGACAAACAGCGUGCAGGUGUGUACUAUGUGGGGUCAAAGCUUUCCUCCCAGGAGUGGUUCCAAUUACUCAUUCCAUGCCAAAUUCGAAUGCUUUCCCGUUAUUGUGUCGAAGACAAUCAUUGGUCUACGCAAAGCCCCAAAAUCCAUGGCCAACCAAUUGAUGGGGUUGACGAUGGCGAUCUCGGUUCACUCAACGUUUGGAAGUGUCUAUACGAAAGUUUUACAAGUAUCGCUGUCAAUAAACAGAUCACAGCGGCUCUCAAUGUAUUCGAUCCCCAUCUGUACCUCACUGCAAUAAUUCACUGGGGUUACAAACUGCUUUCUGCUGGAUGGGGGCGCCCGCCCAUUUUCAAGGUUAAUAAAGGAUUCGAAGCUUACACCUACGACCAAAACUAUAUAGUAUCAGUGGAAAUGCAAAUAAGGAUGUUCCACGAUGCUUAUCGAAUGUUAUUGAAGAUAUCCGAUAAUCGCUCUCGUAGCUCCCUUCAAGAUUUCUUCAUCAGAUGCAAGUCUUUCUUCCGCGGUUUCUACGUGUCAUUCCCUAGUCACAUUAGCGGCGCUGUAAAAUACAUGCUCGUCAUAUGCCAUUUGGCCAUCUCCAGCUCCCGAGACGCCUACCCUCUCAUUGGGGCAGCAGAGCCAAUUAUGUUCCGCUACCCUGAUCGCAAGUGGAUGAUCCGAGUCCUGCCUUCUAAUAGUGGCGUCGCGAUUCCAUCCAGAUGGGAGGUCAAAUACAUCGACCCAACCGAAGGGGAACUUCUUCGCAAGCUUCUUCCACUCCCUCGCUUCGAUUUGUCGAUUAACUCACAAAGUAUCAUGGAAGCUUUGGGUUCGACUGAAAUUGAACGCUGGACGUAUGAAAUCGCUCGGUUGGAUUGGGAAACGACAUGGAUAACAUAUUUGCUUGGAAAGCUGGCUGGUUCAAUACCGGGGAAGUGGGUGAUGAGUUUGAAGGUAGUCUUAGAAGAAGACGAUUCAGAAGACGAACACGAUUCGGAGAACCAAAAACUUCCUGAACGUAGGUCAACGCGAUUACGUAGAAUUCCCUAA